GGCUUCCGUAGCCGGGGGAGCGUUUUCUCCGGGGCGGUGGCGCCGGGCGCCAUGGGGGCGGCUGUGUUCUUCGGCUGUACUUUUAUUGCCUUCGGGCCCGCCUUCGCCCUCUUCCUGCUCACCGUGGCCGUCGACCCGCUCAGGGUCAUCAUCCUGGUGGCGGGGGCAUUUUUCUGGCUUGUCUCCUUGCUCCUGGCCUCCCUGAUCUGGUUCAUUUCAGUGCAUCUCAGUGAUCCAGAGGACUCCAAGCUGCAGUACGGCCUGCUGGUCUUUGGGGCUGCUGUGUCAGUUCUGCUACAGGAGGCAUUCAGAUUUGCCUAUUUCAAGCUGCUCAAAAAGGCGGAUGAAGGCUUGGCUAUGAUCAGCGAGGACGGACGCUCCCCCAUCUCCCUCAAGCAGAUGGCCUAUGUGUCGGGUCUGUCCUUCGGGAUCAUCAGUGGUGUCUUCUCAGUCAUUAACAUUCUGGCGGACUCCAUAGGCCCAGGCAUCAUCGGGAUCCAUGGGGACUCACCGUACUACUUCAUCACUUCUGCCUUCCUGACCAUGGCAGUGGUCUUUCUGCAUACCUUCUGGGGUGUGAUUUUCUUCGAUGCCUGUGAAAAGCGCCGGUUCUGGUCCCUGGGUCUGGUGGUUGCCAGUCACCUCAUCACAUCCGGGCUGACGUUCUUGAACCCCUGGUACGAAGCCAGCCUCGUGCCCAUCUACAUCAUCACCGUCUCCACGGGCAUCUGGGCCUUCUUCACAGCCGGCGGUUCCCUCCGCACCAUCCUCCUGUGCCUCCCCUGUAAGGACCCAUCAGCCUCCUCCCAGGCGGGUGAUGUGCCGGGGAGCUUGGGGGGCAGGUGGAAACCCUCAUUACAAGGUAAGGAGGAAGAGAACAGCCGCGUGAUGGUGUACUCAGCGCUGCAGGUCCCCGUCGAGGACUAAGUGUCCUGUUCCGCUUGGACUCCUGCCUGCUGGAAACGCCUGCUAACACCUCAAGUGCCCUGCUCCCGGUGGUGGGGAGCAGCUGCAGCAAGGAAGGGGCUGCCAGGGUCCCGCAGUGCCCUGCUGGCUCCACACUGGAUCCCUGGAGCUAUAGUGUACCCAGGGAAACAGAGCCUAAGCCUUUGGCCCAGAGGCUCCCUGAUAACACUGGUGCUGCUACGGA